AUGGAGAAGGGAAAUUGCACUAUGGUGACUGAAUUCAUUCUCCUAGGAUUCUCGGAUCACCCUGAACUGCAGCUCUUCUUCUUCCUGCUAUUCCUAGUCAUGUAUGGCAUCACGGUGGUGUGGAAUCUGGGGAUUAUUGUUCUGAUCAAGAUCAGCUCCCAACUUCAUACACCCAUGUACUUUUUCCUCAGUCAUCUGUCCUUUGUGGAUCUCUGCUAUUCCACCACUAUCGUGCCCAAGAUGUUGACCAACAUCGUAACACAGAGCCACACCAUUUCCUACCCAGGAUGUUUGGUACAGUUCUACUUGUUCUGCACUUGUGUGGUCACUGAGGUCAUCUUGCUGGCACUGAUGGCUUAUGAUCGCUUUGUGGCCAUAUGUUACCCAUUGCAAUAUAUGGUCACCAUGUCCCCAAACCUCUGCAUCCAGCUGGUGACUGGUUCAUACCUUUGUGGCAUGGUGUGUUCCACGAUUCAUACGUGCUUAGCCCUUAAGGUGUCUUCCUUCCAAUCUAAAAACGUGAACCACUUUUUCUGUGACCUACCCACCCUCCUAUCACUGUCCUGCUCUGAAGUAAGCCUGAACAAGCUGUUACUGCUCACGGUGGCCAGCUUUAAUGAGAUCGGUACUAUUUUGAUCAUUCUUAUCUCUUAUGGGUUCAUCCUCAUCACCAUCCUGAGAAUCCAUUCUACUGAGGGCAGGCGCCGAGCCUUCUCCACCUGUGCCUCUCACUUCACCGCCAUCGCCGUCUUCCAUGGAACCAUUCUCUUCAUCUACUGCCAACCCGGUACCGGCAAGAACAUGGACAUAGACAAAGUGGCCGCUGUGUUCUACACCGUUGUGAUCCCCAUGCUGAACCCCCUGAUAUACAGCCUGAGGAACAAAGAUGUGAAACAUGCCUUGAGGAAGUGGAUUGGACCAAAAAUUCUUUCUUAG